UCCUGAUCUAGUGUACCUGACCAGCUGAACGAGAGAUCACAACAUUGCAUCAGUAAGUGUCACUACUCGGUGACAGAAGCCCGUAAAAAAUUCUACCUCCACUCAAUAUUAUCAUUAAUAGCUUGCAAAAAGUGAAGUGACAAUUAAUUGGCAAUUCCCCCCCUCACGUGAGGCACCUGGAAAUUUGAGGAACGAUUCCAGCGCCACGAGUUCAGGCAACUGUCAUUCGUUAUUUUUGGCUGUAAAUCAAUCACGAUGGAUGGACAGACUAAAUUCCCCGAUUUCGGACACUAGGAAGUCAUCUCCAACUGGACGUCCACCAAAUACCCGUCAAGUACACCAGAUAAUAAAAUUAUCCAAAAUCCAAUUAUGAAGAGAAAUUUCUCCUAAAGUUCCUGAAGCCGAUGCUCUAUUUACCCCGAAUAAUCCGAUUACUUCGAUAAAAGUCAGGCAAAGUCGAUCCUCAAAGGCGGGAAAAUUAAAAUAGCGAAACAGUAGUACAACAUAAAGCGAACUAGCGUAGUAAAAGUCGACUGAAAGAAAAAUAAAAAUCGAUGAAAAUGGGAAACGCCAAGAUAAAGCAGCAUUACGAGACAGCGAAGAAGACUGGGAUAAUGAACUUGUCCCAGAGGAAGAUGCUGGAACUGCCUGCGAACCUCCAGAUGCUAGCGCCAGUCCUGAGGACCCUCGACCUAUCUCAGAAUAUGUUCAAAGUCCUUCCGGACGAGAUCGGCAUCUACACGCUAAUGAAACAGUUGAAUCUGAGUCAUAAUAAACUGAGGACGAUGCCGGAGGCCAUUGGGACCCUAGUAAAGCUUGAGAUCCUCAACGCAAGCUGUAAUUUAAUUAAUAAAUUGCCGGAUUCACUGGUGAAUCUCUCCAAUCUCAAGCAAGUGAAUUUAUCACAGAAUCAUAUUACGGAAUUCCCACUGGUAUUCAGUGGGUUGAAGCACCUGGAUAUGCUGGACGUUUCCAAGAACAAGUUGACAGUUGUACCUGAUGGGGCGGCGGGACUCCACGUGACAGAAUUGAAUCUGAAUCAGAAUCAGGUGUCAGUGUUGUCUGAGAAAAUCGCCGAAUGUCCGAGACUGAAGAUCCUGCGAUUGGAGGAGAACUGUCUCCAGCUAAAUGCAAUCCCUCCGCGAAUUCUCAAAGAUUCCAAAAUAUCUAACAUUGCUCUUGAAGGAAAUCUCUUCGAGAACAAGCAGAUCGCCCAUUUAGAGGGAUACGAUCAGUACAUGGAGCGUUUCACCGCUGUCAAGAAGAAAAUGUUCUAGUUUCGUGGGAAUUUAAAGAACUGUAAACAAUCGAACUGAUAAGGGCUGCGUGUGUUCAUUGAGCCAUUUCUAAUUAAGAUGUCUGUUUUCUCUCUAUUUAUGUGGCUAUUUUUAUCACCAUGAUACCAUUUGUAAAUGCACUCGUGCGAUUUUCUACGAGUUUAGAGAAAUAUUAAAUGGAAAUAAUUUGAUUGUAUUAAAAAAUAUCGAAUUUUUGGAAUUAGUGUGAAUGGAUUGUAAUUAUGGAGAGUCUCCUGAAAACCACCACAGGAAGGAACUAAAUAAAAUUUCACAGAGUUA